AUGUGGCAAUGCAGUGAGCAGUGUGGAGUGUACAGCGAGCAGCGUGCAGUGAGCAGUGAGCAGUGUGAAGGUGUGCAGUGUGCAAUUGCAGGGAGCAGUGCUCAGUGCGCAGUGUGCAGUGAGCAAUGUGUGCAAUUAGCAGUGUGCAGUCUGCAGUGUGCAGUAAGCAGUGUGCAUAUGUUCAAGAAAGACAUUCUGCAGAGAGCAAACGUAUUCAAAGUUUUAUGGUUGAAGUGCAAGUAUAGUGCAAGUUUUUCUUGGCCUAUUGUGGACUUUAGUAUGCUGUGUGCAGAGUGCAAUGAGCUGUGUGCAGUGAGCAGUGUGCUGUGUGCUGUGUGCUGUGUGCAUGAGCAUUGCGCAGUGUGCAGAGUGCAGUGUGCUGUGUUCAGUGAGCUGUGUAGCUGUGUGCAGUGUACUGUGACAGCGUACAGUGAGCAUGUGCGUGUGCAUUGUGCAGCGAACAGUGUGCAGUGUGCAGUGAGUAGUGUGCUGUGUGCAGUGUGCAGUGUGCAAUGUGCAGUGAGUAGUGUGCAGUGCGCAGUUGACAGUCAGAUCAAACAUAUAGAGAUGACGUUUAGAACUGCACUUAAUUUCAAUGGGGCUAACGAUAACACCGAAUCGUCUGCAGGAGGAACGACAACAAACGGCACACUUCCAUCUUUGAAUGCAACAACAAGAACUCCUCGUAUCGAUACUAGCAAGACUUCUACGUCAAUUACUCAACAAAAGAAAGUGACGGUCAGAUUCAAUCAGGAAAUAGUCCUUCUCUGCAAAGAUCUAAAAUACAGCACUACAAUGAUAUCUUGGUUUAAACAUCAAGAGAAUUCAACGAGCGAUAUAAAACAUAAACUGGAUAUAAAAAGAUAUCGCUUGGAUGUGACUAGUCAGGGAGGCGGAGGCACUUACAGCUGUCUUGUUACUAACAACUCAUUCAGCGUCAAUAGGAUAUUCGUUGUCCACGCAAGCAUUGCAUUGUUAAGAAAAACAUUAAAUACAACUCGCAUAGUGACUUGCAAUUUGCAAAACAACGUUACUCCUUCUAUCGAGAUAUCACCUUGUUGCCAAAUUGUUAUUGCCAACGAAACAGAAACAAUAAAUAUCAAAUGUUUAGCAGCUGGAUUUCCCACACCAACAGUAACUUGGAUUUUGCCUAACGGCAGCGAAUGGCUAGUUGAAGAUCUCAAGGAGUACAACGAUACCGCUGGUAUUAGUUCACUGGUUGUUACUGAGUAUGAUGGAGGUAACUACACAUGCAUUGCAAACAACCGCAAUGGAAAUGCUGAACAAACUGUGACUGUAUUUGUUACUCCUUCUAUCGAGAUAUCACCUUGUUGCCAAAUUGUUAUUGCCAACGAAACAGAAACAAUAAAUAUCAAAUGUUUAGCAGCUGGAUUUCCCACACCAACAGUAACUUGGAUUUUGCCUAACGGCAGCGAAUGGCUAGUUGAAGAUCUCAAGGAGUACAACGAUACCGCUGGUAUUAGUUCACUGGUUGUCACUGCGUAUGAUGGAGGUAACUACAAAUGCAUUGCAAACAACCGCAAUGGAAAUGCUGAACAAACUGUGACUGUAUUUGUUACUCCUUCUAUCGAGAUAUCACCUUGUUGCCAAAUUGUUAUUGCCAACGAAACAGAAACAAUAAAUAUCAAAUGUUUAGCAGCUGGAUUUCCCACACCAACAGUAACUUGGAUUUUGCCUAACGGCAACGAAUGGCUAGUUGAAGAUCUCAAGGAGUACAACGAUACCGCUGGUAUUAGUUCACUGGUUGUUACUGAGUAUGAUGGAGGUAACUACACAUGCAUUGCAAACAACCGCAAUGGAAAUGCUGAACAAACUGUGACUGUAUUUGUUACUCCUUCUAUCGAGAUAUCACCUUGUUGCCAAAUUGUUAUUGCCAACGAAACAGAAACAAUAAAUAUCAAAUGUUUAGCAGCUGGAUUUCCCACACCAACAGUAACUUGGAUUUUGCCUAACGGCAGCGAAUGGCUAGUUGAAGAUCUCAAGGAGUACAACGAUACCGCUGGUAUUAGUUCACUGGUUGUCACUGCGUAUGAUGGAGGUAACUACAAAUGCAUUGCAAACAACCGCAAUGGAAAUGCUGAACAAACUGUGACUGUAUUUGUCCAACCGCGAAUUUUACCCUUUGAUAAUGAUUCUCUAGUAGUCACAGUAUAUAGUAACGUCAGCUCUGUUCCGUGUACUGCUGUUGGAUUUCCUCCACCUGAUGUGUACUGGUAUCAUGGAGACAAGCAAUUGUCUACACUUGUAUCAUCUCUCCAUAAUGUUGACAGAACUACAAAAAGACGAACUCUUUCUCUUGGAGAAGUAGACUGGUCACACAAAGGAGAGUAUUCUUGUACUGCCAACAAUACAAUAAAGAAGAAUAAAGCAAGUUUUGCCAACAAAUCCAUCUUUCUAAAAUUACUCAGUGACAUUAAAUUUUCCUCAUUCAAUUCAACUGCUGAUGGAUAUGUGGGCGACAAUCUAACGUUAUCAUGUUCGGUCACGGGGAAAAGUGAGCACGAGCUACGCUGGACAACUGAAAAUGUAUCACUAAGCAAUGAAACGAAUUCGACGACUCAAUUUACAAUUAGUAACUUAGAAUUAGACUACGGCAGCAAAAAAUAUGUGUGUGAAGCGCGCACCAUCGCAGAUAACAAAACAAUUUAUUCGAGCGUCCGGAUAAGAGUUUUAAACGAAACCGUAAGGUUUGAUGAUAUUAGCGUGUUUCUUGGCGGUAAGAACACGUUAGAAUGCAUCUUUAUGGGAAAGCCUCAACCGAAGGUGACAAUAGAGACUUCAGGAGAAUUGCAUACUGAUGCAAAAGUAACCGCACUCGACGGAAUGAAAAACAUCUAUAAAGCAGUAAUUCAAAAAAGAAUUAAAUGGAGAGAUGCGGGAAAAGCCUCAUGCAGAAUUUAUUAUGAAAACUCAACCGUCCAAGUAGUUGGACAUGCUACUGUUAACAUUUAUCCUUACAUCACGAGUCAUCCAACCGAAGUUAUUAAAUCCUUCAAUGAUACACAACAAUUUGAGUGCACUGCUGCAGGAUAUCCUCUACCUAAAAUUUAUUGGCAGAAAAAACUAAAUGGACAAGAUUACCAUUUCGUUAGCGAAGUAUUAUUAAUGGCAGCAGAUGUUUCUGAUCACGAGAUAUCUAGCACACUCACAUUGAACAAGUCGAUCUCGUCUGCUGGUGACUAUCGUUGCAUAACGACCUCUUCUGUAACGAAUCCACAAAGCUAUCCAGAAAAUCGGCCAAACGUUUCCAACCCUGUUCAAUACAUUGUAAAAAGUGACGCUCGAAUCAUUUCUAACGAUCCAAUUGUAGCAAGGUCGGGAGAGACGGUAACAAUCACCUGCAACGCCACAGGUUAUCCUCUUCCGCAAAUUCGGUGGUCACAUAAAGAAGAAAGCAAUAUGAUUGAAAGUUCAAGAGAGAAAAAAAGCGAUACAUCUAUAGAAAGCUACCUUGAAAUCCCAAAUGUAACAGUCGAUGACGGAGGAUCAUACUACUGUACAGCCAGCAACAUAGGUGAACAGAGUCAAGCAAACAUUAAUGUUAACGUGAAACCUUCCAUCAACAUACGACCUUGUUGUGAACAUGUUAUCGACAAGGAGAAAAUCAAUGAGAUUAAAUGUUCAGCAACUGGACUACCCACGCCAACAGUUACCUGGAUAUUUCCGAACGGCAGCAGAUGGCCAAACAAUGAAAUUCCUAACUACAAUUCUAGUUCACUGGUUUUCACGGAACAAGACGGAGAACUACAACUAGACACGAUCUUUCCCUUGGAAAAGUCUAUUGGUCACACAAAGGAAAGUAUUUUUGUACUGCCAACAGUACCAUAG